AUGUCGACCCCAAUCCCCGUUUCUGACCUCAGGCGCAUGUCUCUCCACAGCCACCCGCCUGAUGAUAUCUGCGGUCAAGAGGACAAGCCCUCUGAAGAAGCUGAUCUUCCACCGGUCCAGAUCUCUCCAAUCAGCCUUGAUUUUGAAAAGAAUACUCUCGCACUUCCUGUAAACCCUGAACAUGAAGAUACUUCCCUUGAUCAGGAGCCUAAGGAGACCGAAGAGGACCUUGAUCGUGUCAUUGCAACGCUGGAAGAAGAAAAUGGCGGAGACCCAGAUGUUGAAGUCCUUGUCACCACUGACGGCACUGGAACUGCCAUUCCCGCUGAGCUUCUGAACACAGACCUCAUCUCUGGCCUAACGGAUGAACAGGUCACUGCUUCACGUCGCAAGCAUGGCUCAAAUCUGAUGAAGGAAGAGAAACGCAACAACUUCUUGAAGUUUAUGUUGCUGUUUUGGGGCCCUGUCCAGUGGGUGAUGGAAGGCUCUGCACUGCUUGCCUGUGGUUUGAAAGACUGGAUUGAUUUCGGUGUCAUUGCCGGUCUGUUACUGCUCAACGCAUGUGUUGGCUUUCUCCAGGAAUACCAUGCGGGCAACAUUGUCGACAGCCUCAAGAAAACUCUGGCCUUAAAGGCCACCGUGACUCGCAAUGGUGAGAAGCUUGAGAUCGGUGCUGGUGAAGUCGUCGCUGGAGAUGUUGUUCACCUUGAAGAUGGUUCUAUUGUUCCAGCUGAUGGGGUCCUGGUUGCGGCAGGGGCCCAUCUUCAAAUAGAUCAAUCUUCAAUCACCGGAGAGUCUCUUGCGGUGGAUAAGCACCAGAAUGACACUUGCUUUGCAUCCUCUGUGGUUAGGCGUGGAACCACCACCAUGAUCGUGACCGCGACUGGAGACAAAACCUUUGUAGGCAAGGCUGCAGCACUGGUCACCAAGGCGGGAAAUGGGCCUGGUCACUUCACAAUAGUCCUGAAUGCAAUUAGCAUGAUUCUUCUGACUCUCGUUGUACUCACCUUGCUCGUGGUCUGGGUUGCAUCAUACUACCGAUCGGAUGAUAUUCAGUCCAUCUUGGAAUACACCCUGGCCAUCACGAUCGUGGGAGUCCCUGUCGGUCUUCCCGCUGUUGUCACCACUACCAUGGCGGUCGGGGCAUCCUACCUAGCCAAGCGAAAUGCCAUUGUGCAAAAGCUCUCCGCGAUUGAGUCCUUGGCCGGGGCAGAGAUCCUCUGUUCUGACAAGACUGGUACCCUGACCCGCAACAAGCUUGCACUCGGGGAGCCUUUCACUUGCCCUGGCAUGGAUGUGGAAGAACUCAUGCUGACAGCUUGCCUGGCAUCAACGCGCAAAGUCCGGGGCAUGGAUGCUAUCGACCGAGUCUUCAUCAAGGCUCUCAAAGGUUACCCCCUUGUCAAGCAGCAAAUCGGACAAUUUCGAACUCUCGAAUUCCAUCCUUUUGAUCCCGUCUCUAAGAAAGUCAAAGCACUUGUCGAGACCCCGGAGGGUGAAAAGAUGAUCUGUGUCAAAGGCGCUCCCCUUGCCAUCCUGCGAACUGUGCAAGAAGAUCAUCCGGUGCUUGACAUGAUUGAAAGACUGUAUCGAGAAAAGAUAACUGAGUUCGCUGGUCGUGGCUUUCGUGCUUUGGGUGUUGCUCGCAAGAUUGAUGAUGCUCAAUGGCAGAUUCUGGGGAUCGUGCCCUGCUCUGACCCCCCGCGCCAUGACACCGCAAAGACCAUUGCUGAAGCCAAGCAUCUCGGACUGUCAAUAAAAAUGCUGACGGGAGAUGCUGUGGGCAUUGCACGCGAGACUGCACGACAGCUUGGACUGGGUACGAACAUCUACAAUGCGGAGCGUCUUGGAAUUACCGGAGCCGGCACGAUGUCUGGAUCGGAGGUCAACGAUUUCGUCGAGGCGGCUGAUGGGUUCGCCGAAGUCUUCCCUCAGCACAAGUACAGCGUGGUAGAUAUUCUCCAGCAGCGUGGAAAUCUGGUUGCCAUGACUGGUGAUGGUGUCAAUGAUGCUCCAUCCCUGAAGAAAGCUGAUACUGGUAUCGCGGUUGAGGGAGCUUCCGAUGCGGCGCGCUCGGCAGCUGAUAUUGUUUUCCUUGCACCUGGGCUGUCUGCCAUCAUUGAUGCCAUCAAAACUUCUCGCCAGAUCUUUCACCGUAUGUACUCCUAUGUGAUCUACCGCAUUGCUCUAUCUUUGCACCUGGAGAUCUUCUUCGGCCUGUGGAUUGCCAUCAUGAACGAGGUGCUUGAUCUUCGCCUCGUCGUUCUGCUGGCUAUCUUCGCGGACAUCGCCACGUUGGCGAUUGCCUAUGAUAACGCACCAUACUCUCCAGCGCCGGUCAAGUGGAACCUCCCAAAGCUGUGGGGCAUCGCGGUGAUCCUGGGACUCGUCCUGGCGGGCGGGUCUUGGAUCGCAUUCGGCACCAUGCUGCUCCGAGGUGAGCACGGCGGCAUGGUUCAGAACUUUGGAGCUCGAGACCCCGUCCUCUUCCUGGAGAUUGCCCUCACCCAGAACUGGCUGAUCUUCAUUACUCGACGAAUCCCCGGGUCGACCACAAAGAAUUGGCCCUCUCGGCAACUCGUCACUGCGGUACUGGCUGUCGAUGGGGCGGCCACGGGUAUGACCAUUGGCGGCGUAUUCGUCAACCAGGCGACAUCCAUCGUUGCGGUUGUCCGCGUCUGGGUCUUCUCGAUUGGUGUCUGGGUCGUCUGUGCGGUCGUAUACAACGUCCUGCAGAAGUCUCAGGCAUUUGACGACAUUAUGCACGGCAGAAGCCCGCGCGGUAAAGCACGAGAACGCUCCUGGGAGGACUUCGUGCUCUCGCUGCAGCGAGUAUCGUCCCAGCAUGAGAAGACGAGUUGA